AUGGGCAUCGCCGCGCGCACCGCCGCGCUCAUAUCGAGGUUACGGACGUAUGCCCUGAGUCGUCACUCGCGCUUGAACCGGAAGACGCUCAGUGGUAUGUCCUGCGCGCGCUCCAGUCUGGCGCUGCUUGCCAGAUCCUGGGGACACGAAAAUCAACCGCUCCAGCCUGGCCUUACGCGCUCAUCAUCAGUUACCACGGAACGACUUUGUUUCACAUCGCAGAGCGCGUGGCCGGGGGACUUUCGUUCGAUGGCGCCGUCAAAGCGGCGCAAGACGGCCGCUCCGGCGCAGCCGAUAUCCGGAAACGCCACCCAAGGUGUGCGAACCCGGCGUUCCUCGAGCGCACGGGGCGACGUGCCCGACGCCCCCGACGCAGAUCUCGCAGAUCUCGACGCCGAGCCCGAGGUGCUCUUGUGCCCCAUCACGCGAGUCAUGUUCCGCGACCCGGUGAUGGUGGUCGACUCUGGACACACGUACGAGAGAAGCGCCAUCUUGUCGCACUUUGAGCGCAACGGGGCCAAGGACCCGCUCACGCGUCGCGCCCUGAGCAGCACGAAGGUGAUGACGAUCUGGGUGGUGAGACAGAUUGUUCGGGACUGGCUGGACAAGCACCCGGGCGUGACGCCGGACGGGUGGGACAGUCGCGAGCUGCUGGAACCGUCGGAGGAUGACGGGACGAACAUGAUGGAAAGGGAUGACGUCGGAGUGCUCCGGGCAUGGCGUGCGAUGUGCCCUGAACUGCAGGGAAGGUGGCCGGAGGACGAGCAACCGGAGGAUUGGGAAGGGGUGGCGAUGGAAAACGGCAGGGUGGUGAAGCUUUCCUUGGAAGGGUUUGGCCUGACCGGAGCGGUGCCGGCUGAGGUUGGGCGCCUGACUGCGCUAAGGGAGUUCAACGUUAGCCGUAAUGCGCUGACGCUCUUGCCGGCGGAGAUCGGGCAGCUCGCGUCUCUGGAGAGUUUGGAGCUUGGCUACAAUGAGCUGACGAGCGUGCCGGAGGAGAUCGGGCAGCUCACGUCGCUGGAGGAGUUGCACCCAGGUUUUUGGGUUCAGGGUUUAGGGUUUAGGGUUUAG